CUCCCGAAAUGGCAGUGGCCGGGGCAGUCGGAAGCCCUGAGCCAGCGCCGCCGCUGCUAUAUAAGUGGGGGGGGCCGCGGGUUGGGGGAGCCCAGCUGCGCUUUCAAGAAGCGAGGUGCCGCUGCCCGAGGCCUGUCCCGGCGAGCGAGGGCCCCACGGCCCUUCAAAUCCUUCCCAAAGGGGAGUGCCUGGAGCGCAGGAGCCCAGGCGCCCGGGUCUGUGAGGCGCGGGGGCGCCCCGACUGCCGGCAUACCCCUCACCCCCGCGCGCCUCUAGACCCAGCGGCCGAGGCCCCCGGCGCCCCGCCGCCGCCGCCGCCGCGCCAUGCUCCACCUUGGCGAGUUUUCUGGCCCCGACGCUCUCCUGGUCAAGUCCGCCGAGGGCUGUUGCGCCGAACCCAGCACAGAGUUGCCUGGGCUGCCCGCCAGGGACGCGCCCGUGGCCGCCGGCUACCCCGGAGGCGACUUCUUGAGCUGGGCUUUGAGCAGCUGCGGCGCCGGGGGGGACUUAAUCGACUCCUGCUUCCUGGAGAGGCCUGCACCCACGCCCCCUCCCGGCCUCAGCUACAGCGGGAGCUUCUUCAUCCAGGCUGUACCCGAACACCCGCACGACCCGGAGGCACUCUUCAACCUCAUGUCGGGCAUCCUAGGCCUGGCACCUUUCCCAGGCCCCGAGGCAUCAGCAUCCCGGGCUCCGCUGGACGCCUCUUUCCCCUCUGGCCCCGACACCUUGCUGCCAGACCUUUACUCCCCGGAUCUGGGCGCUGCCGCCUUCCCGGAGGCCUUCUGGGAAGCCUCGCCCUCGGCGGGCGCCCCGUCGCAAUGCCUGUAUGAACCUCAGCUCUCCCCGCCCGACGUCAAGCCGGGCCUCCGGGCUCCGCCGGUCUCCCCAGUGCUGGACGCUGCGUCGGCCUUCAAAGGUCCGUAUGCCCCCUGGGAGCUGCUGUCAGCCGGGGGCCCCGGGAGCUGCGGGUCUCAGGGUGGCUACCAGACAGCCCCAGAGGCCCGCUUCCCCUCGAUGGGGACCAAGAUUGAGGACCUGCUGUCCAUCAGCUGCUCGGCAGAGCUGCCCACUGGCCCGGCCAACAGACUUUUCUCCACGGGGGCCUACGACGCCUUCCCGCUGGCCCCGGGCGACUUAGGGGAGGGGGCGGAGGGCCUCCCGGGGCUCCUGACCCCUCCUAAUGGGGAGGGGGGUUGUAACGGCGACGGCGGAGAGUUUCUGGCAGGCGCGCAGCCACCGCUCUCCCCGCUGGGCCUCCGCAGCGCCGCGGCGGACUUUCCGAAGCCUCUGUUGGCGGACCUCGCCGGGAGCAGUGGCGGCGUGCCCGAGCCUUGCGGGCCGCCGGUCCCGGCCCCGUUCCCCCCGGCCAAAGCGCGCCGCAAGGGGCGCCGCGGCGGCGGCAAGUGCAGCGCGCGCUGCUUCUGCCCGCGGCCACACGCCAAGGCCUUUGCCUGCCCGGUGGAGAGUUGUGUGCGCAGCUUUGCGCGCUCCGACGAGCUCAACCGCCACCUGCGCAUCCACACGGGCCACAAGCCCUUCCAGUGCCGCAUCUGCCUCCGCAACUUUAGCCGCAGCGACCAUCUUACCACACACGUGCGCACACACACGGGCGAGAAGCCCUUCGCCUGCGACGUAUGCGGCCGCCGCUUUGCGCGCAGCGAUGAAAAGAAGCGGCACAGCAAGGUGCACCUCAAGCAGAAGGCCCGCGCCGAAGAGCGGCUCAAGGGCCUUGGCUUUUACUCGUUGGGUCUUUCUUUCGCCGCCCUGUAAUGGGGGAGAGGGAUCUGUUGGUUGGGGCGCCGCCGCCAGGCGCUCAAGAGAAGACUUGGACACGCUCUCCUCGCUGCUCCUCUCCCCACCUCUUCCUGAUACGCCCCCGGGCCGGCCUCUGGUCCGGCUACCAGUUCCCUGGAAGCGCCCUCCGCACACACGUGCAGUUCAGCACUAGCUCCGAGGACAGCUCCCAUGGCCCGGGCGCUUCCUUCUGCAUCUGUAGCUCUGUGUGGAAAAGCCUCUCUGGCUAGUCACAGAGUGGUUACUUCCUUGGGACUGAAGACAUUCUUUUAUAACUGGCGCAUGCCCCACGCCUUCCCCUCGACCCCCUCCCCGCCAGACAGGCUGGGGCAGCGCCGAGCCGGUCUCGCGCGGGACUUUGUACAACAAUGUCCUCUCAUGCAGCCAUUGGAUGUAACGUUUUUUGCUUUGGGGUUAUUUCCUUUUUGUUGUUGUUAAUUUUUUGUAAAGCAGACGCUACUCUCAAGCAGUUAACAGAACUGUUUAUUUUUGCAAUUAAAGUUAUUGUGCUAAAAGCUUACCGAAUCUGCCAUCCAAGAUCCUGAAACUGCCCCUUCAGCAACUCCCCCAGCAGUUCAAGGGCCAUUGAAAAGAAAGGAGAUCCCACAUCCAUAAAAUUGCUGCACACCUGUCGGUCUUUGUGGAACAUAGGUAUUUAAUAAAUAUGCCUUUAAUUGAUGGGUGAGUUUAGUCACAGAUGAUCUAAGGGCUUGAGGCGUUUCUGAAUCUUGAGAGUAGUUAAGAGCCUUCAAUGUUGAACAUUGUGUACACAUUAACAAUCUCGGUCCUUACAGUCUUAAGUGCUGCCUUUAUAUGUUCCAUUUCAGAGAUGAGGAAGCACUGUAGGAUACUUGCUGGGUAACUGGAGACAGGCAAGGUUAAACUCAGAUUUGUUUGAUACCAAACUGCAACCCCUAAACCCCCAACCUCAGAAUGGAGGCAUCUCAGUUUAAUUGUACUGCUUGGAAAGAUUUCCUACUAGAAAUUGAGAAGCAGCUUUGGCAACUAGAGGGAGCCCCAGUCAAUGAUGACAGCAGCAGAAGACUGCAGUAUUUCGGUGUUGUUUCUGAACAUUUAGACUGUUGGAUACCACAGAGUCUCCACCAGAGCCUAUGAUUCUACCAGAAAGACAUAUAGUGUCAGUGGCAAAGAAGUCAAGCCCAGUUAGGAGAGGAUAUUUGCCAAUGGCUCACAGUCACCUUAGUCUACUCACAAAACCUCUCCAGAAGUCAUACUCCUCCAAAUACCUGCUACAGCCACUUUUCCCUAGCUGUCUUUACAUUUUCCAGGUAAAACAUGGCUUUGAGAGGCUAGAACCAGGUGAGUGGUGAGGAAAGUGUGGUUUUUUUUUUUCUUUUGCUAGUGAUUUUAUUAUGAUCAACAAGAUUAUGGGAUACAAACAAGAGGGGUACAAUUCCAUACAGUUCUCACCAGCAGAUGUUCAUAUUCCAUCCCCUCCAUUGGAAGCUUCUCUAUUCUUUUUCCUUUGGGAAUAUGGACCAAAGAUCUUUAUGGGGUGCAGAAGGUGCGAAGUCUGGCAUCUGUGAUUGCUUCUCCAAUGGACAUGAACAUUAACAGGUUGGUUCAGACCUCCAGCCUAGGAAAUCAUGCUUCUGUGUUAAGAAAGGUAGAGGAUGGAAGUCGGGCAGUAGCACAGUGGGUUGAGUGCAGGUAGCACAAAGCACAAGGACCGAGGAAGGAUCCAG